CCAGCAGACGACUCCAGAGAAGAAGGCUGAUGCCCCCUGCUCUGGGAUCAUUAUUGUGUUGAUGACACUGAUGACUGGACACGACCGUAGAGUCUUCUUAAAGUUUAUUAGGCAGACUGGAUUGACUGGCGCUACACACUCCGGGACAGACGGUGGCGGUGUAGCACCGAUACGUUGUUUGCCAACCGCCAUCACACACAACAGAGAAAGACACAGCGGAACACGGCAUCCUGCACUUCUCGACCAAGCGGAGGUUCGACCGCUCAGGAUGGCUGACCCCACGCUGCAGUCCUUCAACGUGUUUCUCACGGAGAGGCUGUCCGCUGCUGCGCUGGACAUCUACGGCUUCGUGGAGAAGACUCUGACGGACUACCAGGAGGAGGUGAACCGGACCAGACAGGAGAACCGGAGGCUGCAGCGGCUGCUCGACCUCCUCUACAAGCCGGAGAUAAGACUGCACAGGGCGGAUGCCAAACAGCAAACUACACCGCCCACCACGGAGGAGAUCCACCCCAUACGGAGUCCAAGUGGGCACCAGGACGAGCCAGGACCCUCCCAUGUCAAAGAGGAGCACAGGGAGGAAUUGUGGAUCAAUGGGUGCGAGGAGCAACCUUCAGCUGAGGACAGCGAUGAUGAGGACUCCUUAACAAAAGAACUCAUCAAAACAGUGCAGCAGUUAGAGGACUGCAGGGCUGCAGAGGAGAGCCAAGAGCUCGUGCAAAGGACUGAGGAGGAUCCAGAGCCCUCUGAGGAGAAGACCAGCACUACCUUAUACCGCUGCCACAUAUGCAACUACAUAUUCACCAAAAAGACUGUACUCACAUGGCACCUCAAGACACACGAAAGCAAGUCACCUGACGGCAAGGGAAACUUUGACUGUCACAUAUGUGGCAAGCAAAUCCCCUGUCAGAGCAAUCUGCAGAACCACAUGAGGGUACACACAGGGGAGAGACCCUACAGCUGCCACUUCUGUGGCAAGUGUUUCAAACUGAAAGGACACAUGACAGAACACAUAAGGACUCACACGGGAGAGAAGCCUUUCAGCUGCCACAUCUGUGGCAAAUCCUUCAACAGAGGCUCCACUCUGAGAAAACACGUUUUAGCCAAACACAAGGAGGAGAGGCCGUACAAAUGUGAGGAUUGUGACGAGUUGUUUACGGAAAGACUGCUGAUGAAGACGCACAUGCGAAAAGUUCAUGGUGUCAAAUUGUCCACAAGUACGGCCUAAGACCAUCAGAAAUCAUUUAUGAUGCAUGUGGUCUAAACUCUGAGCCGAGAAUAGGGCUUAGUGCUAGCAUCAGUGAGUUUCCAUAACAAUAACAUUAUUGUAAAAAUCGUUUUUAUUUCACAUGAGGCCAGACCUGUCAAAGAACAUGGAUCCAGUAAAGUGUUAUUAUAAAUAUUGUAUAUUUAUUUGUGAGUUAGAGAUUGAGAUCACUCAUGUUUUCGCAUUAUGUAUGGAACUGGAGUUGAUUAGCUUAGUUUAGCAUAAAGGUUGCAAAUAGAGGGGAAAAAGCUAGCCUUACCCUGUUAAUGAUUUGGUGUGUAUUCCACACACUCAAUCUAGUGGUGAGGUUGCAGAUUACAAUCAAAUGAACACCUCUUUCUUUUCCAGUAUUUCAAGUAAUGAAAAGAUAAAUAUGAAUAUUAUAUUACAUUUUUGCUGAUGGAAAUCCUCCUAAAUCCUACACAUUGGAGCUUUAAAAGAAAAGAAUACACUUAUCAACAUUUCUAAAGGUCAACAAUAAACCUUUUCCUCAUUGCUCACUAAAUUUGUACACUAAUAACAAGA